CCCGCCCCGGCCGGGCCCGCGCUUCCCCAGCCGGCCGGCGCACGCCAGGAGGAGGGCGGCGGCGGCGGCUGCGGGCGGGUCUCGGAGCUUUCGGCCGGCUUUGCAGGGCGGCCUAGCGAGCGCGCCAGGCCCGGCUGGAGCGAGCCCCAGUGCAAUACUGCCCGAGCCCGGGCGGGGUCUCUGUUCUCUGGCAGAGGAGGUCCCUUGGCAGCGGGAAGCUCCCUCUCUUUCUCUCGCAGCCGCUCCGAGUCUGCGCCCUGCUGCCAGGCUCCCAGCUCGGCGCUCCCCUGUGCUCGCCCGGCGCCCACUCAUUCGCAGCCCAGCCUUCGCCGCCGCCACCUCCCUGCUCCUCCUCCUCGUCGUCUCCUCAGCCCGCCGCGGCCAUGGCGGACAGCGCCAGCGAGAGCGACACGGACGGGGCGGGGGGCAACAGCGGCAGCUCGGCCGCCAUGCAGUCGUCUUGCUCGUCGACUUCGGGCGCCGGCGGCGGCGGUGGCGGCGGGGGAGGCGGCGGCGGUGGGAAGUCGGGGGGCAUUGUCAUCUCGCCGUUCCGCCUGGAGGAGCUCACCAACCGCCUGGCCUCGCUGCAGCAGGAGAACAAGGUGCUCAAGAUCGAGCUGGAGACCUACAAACUCAAGUGCAAGGCGCUGCAGGAGGAGAACCGCGACCUGCGCAAAGCCAGCGUGACCAUCCAAGCCCGGGCUGAGCAGGAAGAAGAAUUCAUCAGUAACACUUUAUUCAAGAAAAUUCAGGCUUUGCAGAAGGAGAAAGAAACCCUUGCUGUAAAUUACGAGAAGGAAGAAGAGUUCCUCACUAAUGAGCUCUCCAGAAAAUUGAUGCAGUUGCAGCAUGAGAAAGCUGAACUAGAACAGCAUCUCGAGCAGGAGCAGGAAUUCCAGGUCAACAAACUGAUGAAGAAAAUUAAAAAACUGGAGAACGAUACCAUUUCUAAGCAGCUUACGUUAGAACAGCUGAGACGAGAGAAGAUUGACCUUGAAAAUACUUUGGAACAAGAACAAGAGGCACUAGUGAAUCGUCUCUGGAAAAGGAUGGAUAAACUUGAAGCUGAAAAGCGAAUCCUGCAGGAGAAAUUAGACCAGCCGGUGUCUGCUCCCCCAUCGCCUAGAGACAUCUCCAUGGAGAUCGACUCUCCAGAAAACAUGAUGCGACACAUCAGGUUUUUAAAGAAUGAAGUGGAGAGGCUGAAGAAGCAACUGAGAGCUGCCCAGUUACAGCAUUCCGAGAAAAUGGCGCAGUAUCUGGAGGAGGAACGUCACAUGAGGGAAGAGAACCUGAGGCUGCAGAGGAAGCUGCAGAGGGAGAUGGAGAGAAGAGAGGCCCUCUGUCGACAGCUCUCCGAGAGCGAGUCCAGCUUAGAGAUGGAUGAUGAAAGGUAUUUUAACGAGAUGUCUGCACAAGGAUUAAGACCUCGCACUGUGUCCAGCCCGAUCCCUUACACACCUUCUCCCAGUUCUAGCCGGCCGAUAUCACCUGGUCUCUCGUAUGCAAGUCACACAGUUGGUUUCACGCCACCAACUUCACUGACUAGAGCCGGAAUGUCUUAUUACAAUUCCCCAGGUCUUCAUGUGCAGCAUAUGGGAGCAUCCCACGGUAUCACAAGGCCUUCACCGCGGAGGAGCAACAGCCCCGACAAAUUCAAACGGCCCACGCCGCCUCCGUCUCCCAACACGCAGACCCCCGUCCAGCCUCCGCCACCUCCACCUCCGCCACCCAUGCAGCCCGCGGUCCCCUCGGCAGCCACCUCGCAGCCCGCCCCCUCGCAACAUUCGGUGCACCCCUCCUCCCAGCCUUAAUGCAUGUGCGCAGUCCGAACCUCACGUUGGGACUCGUUCGUACAGUGGAGCCGUCGACUCAAGACGCCAAAGGCUUCCUUCCUUCCCUGGCAUAUUCAUUCGGAUCUGACUUAUUUGCACUGAGGUUAUCUAGGCUUCACUAUUCAUUGUGUUGUAAAUGUGUGUCGGAAACGCAGCCAGUGUUGUGGGUCUACAACACUAAACAGACGACUUUCUCCAUCGGUGUUUUACUUGAAUCUUCAUGUGCGUCCAUUCCCUGGCUGGGACAUCGGCUAUUCGACUAUUUGGUAGUUCAGCAGCGGUGUGCAAUUUUUGCUUGGCCCCAGAGCUUCAUUUUCCUGGCUUUUAGGUUUGUAAAAUAAAAAGGGAUAUCUUUUUUAUAUUUUUUUUCCCAUGAAUUUGCAGAAAAUUACUGAGCUGUUAUUACCACCCCCCCCCCCCGCCCCAUUAGACUAGUGUUUACCAAGCAUACCAGUAAUUCCGCACUACAAUUCAGACCUUUGAAAAUCUAGCUCUCACUAUAGAAUGGGAAGUUGGAUGCAUCAGUGCCCAAGACAAUGUUUAAUAGAGCUUUCUACGGAUACACUUUGUAUGGGUUAUUUUCAGUAUAUCUCAACAUCCAUGUCUCUUGUAAAACAGAUCUCCUGACGUAUUGGAUCACAUGGCUGUACCUUUUCCACAUACAUGGGAUAGAUAAUUAUCGUAUAUCCGGGUGUGAGUCUUUCUUUAUCCUUGAUGUUACCCUACCCAAACUGGCCCUCUCACGUGAGUCGAUAACUGUUGUCCUACCCGCCAGUGGUUGUGAUGGCUGAUUAGAACGUGCUGUGUGAUUUCUGCUGCAGAAGGCAAUGUGAUGGUGACAGAAACGGCUAUUUUCCCUUUCCAUUCUUUACUUGCGUUCCCCUAAAAUAGAGUUCAAACAAAUAUUUUAAAGGUGCAGAGUACUAUGAGAAAAUACUAUGUGAAAUGAACUUUAUAGGAACAUCUUGGCACAAUGGCCAAAAUACUUUAUUGCUGGCAGGAAAGAGGCGUAGAGGAAAGUAGCACAUUAGCACUGAGGACCGCUUAGUUCGCCCAGUAAAAGCAAGCGCGGUGUACAAAGAAGUAUAUCCUGAAUGCGUCAUUUCCAUUCAUUUAGCACAAAUAAAUCGUUUGGUUUCACUUUAAAGUGGAACGCCGUGAGUCAGUCUUUUCUUAACCCUUGCAACACCUUUAUUUUAGCU